CUGCUUGUUGCGAAUAACUGUUUAGCCAGGUCAGCACUGCACCAAAAAUUUCGUGCUUUAAGCCCGGAUAAAAACCACGAGGAAAAAUGGUUAGGUCAGCUCUCGUUGUUGCAGCCAUUGCUCUUUCCCUGCUGAUUGCACUGCAGGGCGUGGAUGCCGACAAAAAGCAGAGCAAGAAGUACAGCAAGGAAGCCAACGACCCGCAUUUUCAGCAAGUAAAGCAGGAAAAGUAUGAUCCGGAUUUCAAGAGCAUCCAGCGGCCUUUUCGCAUGGCCAAGUUGAAUCUCGUGUGGGCCAAGGCGCAGAAUCGCCUUACAGAGCCCAAGCUCAAGUCACUGUACAUGGAGCUAAAGAUCCACGAUAAGGAGGAGAUUGCCUGGAAGCAGCUCAACUCGCAGCACAAGGAUAAGGAUGGCCUGAAGGCCGACGAAUUGCGCCGCAAGCUCAUUGGCAUCAUGAGCAGCUAUGAUCUGCUGGAACAUUUUGACGACACUCAGGAUACGGAGAAGCUUAAGCCCUACAAGAAAUUCCAUGACGCCGAUGAGAAACACAGAAACAAGAGUCUUUUCAAGGACAAGAAACUGAACCGGCUUUGGGAAAAAGCCGAGAUUUCCGGCUUUACUGCAGAGGAAUUAAAAUCCCUGAAACAGGAGUUUGAUCAUCACCAGGAUAAGGUGGAUGUGUACUACAGCCUGCUGGAAAAUAUUGGCACAGUAGACACUGACAAGCAUGAGAAUGCUAUUAAUACGGAAGAUUUGGACACAUACAAUCUGAUUUCAAAUGAUGUCAAUGAAAACGACAUUAAAACGCAUGCUCAAAACGUGAAGAGUUUUGAAAACGACCUUAACACCCUUCGAGGUCAUCAUACUGGCAUCAAAGAUCACUACGAUAGGCUGGAACGUCUAGUGUCCUCCGGUCCACACAGUCAGGACUUCAUUGAACCCAAGGUCCAGGGUCUGUGGCGAGUGGCCCAGGCUAGCAAUUUCACUGUCAAGGAACUGGAGUCUAUUAAAACUGAAUUGCAUCAUUUUGAAAGUCGUCUCUUGAAGCUGCGUCACCUGCAUGCCGAGCAUGCUUUGCAGAAGGAGAAAUACAAGGGAGAAAAGGUCAAGGAUAAAAGCAGCCGCUUUGAGGAAAUGGAGGAUACGCUGAAGAAGCAAACGCGCAAAGUGGAGAAGCUGCAGGAGAAUAUUGAAAAAACAAUCUUCAAGCACACCGAACUUUAAAAGUAUGAGCAAUCACUGAAAGUGCCAAGCGAAUAAAUUAGAUUUAAGUGCAACUGUUUGUGUAAGGCACAAAUACAUUCUGGCUGCUAUUCAGCUUAGAUAUAAUUUUGAUACCAAAUAUCAUUUGAACAUAAAUAAAAUCUCAAGUUUCAUUUUGAA